AAGAUGGCAGUAGUGCAAAACGAGUGAUGCAAUCUGACAUUAAAAAAAAAGAAGAAGAACGGCCGAUCAUCGGUUCAGUUGCAAGAAGUAGCGGAAGACCUGUGCUGUUUGGCAAGAUCCGACCUGCCAACUGUGAUCGGACCGGCCAAAGAAAGGCCACACAGCGAAUGAAAUAUGGAGUGUAUUCCAGUGGCUAUUGAUGAUCUCGAGGGCAAAAAGGACCCGGUCAUAGAAGACUCGGAGCACAAUGUGUACACCAGGUUUAUGAAGUCCCACCGAUGUUAUGACCUUGUACCGACCAGCUCCAAACUGGUUGUGUUUGAUACAUCACUUCAGGUCAAGAAGGCGUUUUUUGCUCUGGUCUCUAAUGGCGUUCGAGCAGCGCCUCUAUGGGACAGCAAAAAGCAGUGUUUUGUUGGUAAGGGCUGUUCUCAUUUGGCACAUUUUCUCUCCACUCAAGACAUAAUAAAUGAAGGACUGACUCCAUUCUACUCGUGCAUCUCUGCAGGAAUGCUGACCAUCACAGACUUUAUUAAUAUUCUACAUCGCUACUACAAAUCUCCAUUGGUACAGAUAUAUGAAUUGGAGGAACACAAAAUUGAAACAUGGAGAGAGUUGUACCUUCAAGACUCUUUUAAGCCGUUGGUUAGCAUAUCUCCCAAUGCCAGUUUGUAUGAUGCAGUAUCAUCUCUGCUGAAGAAUAAGAUCCACAGACUGCCGGUAAUCGACCCCCUGACUGGGAACACACUCUAUAUUCUCACACACAAGAGGAUCCUUAAGUUCCUGAAGCUUUUUAUAUCAGAGAUGCCAAAACCGUCGUUCUUGAGACAAACGCUAGAGGACCUGAACAUCGGAACUUUCCGGAACAUAGCAGUGGUCCGCUCUGACACGCCGCUCUACACGGCACUUGGUAUUUUUGUUGAGCAGCGCGUGUCGGCGCUCCCUGUUGUCGAUGACAAAGGUCGAGUGGUGGAUAUAUACUCAAAAUUUGAUGUCAUAAACCUGGCAGCAGAGAAGACGUACAACAACCUGGACUUGACUGUGACCAAAGCGCUGAAGCACCGCUCGCAAUACUUUGAAGGCGUGCUGACCUGCAACCGGCACGAGACUCUGGAGGCCAUCAUCAACCGACUGGUGGAGGCCGAGGUGCACAGGCUGGUGGUGGUGGACGAGCAGGAUGUGGUGAAGGGGAUCGUCUCCCUUUCAGAUAUUCUCCAGGCACUAGUGUUGACUGAUGGGGAAGAGGGCACAGCUUAAAGAAGACAUCCUGAUGGAAAUGCAACACAGUCUAAAGAGGAGGGUGAAGCAACGGGAGAAAGAACAGGCCAUGUAAGAGGGUCAUUUUGAUAGUACAUUGAAGUAUCCUCACCCAUUUCCUGUAAUCCAGCUUCCUAUAGUCACACAUGAAGACGUCUCCCUCCCUGCAGAAAUGUGAAGCUUUAGCAAUGCAGCGAUAUAAAAGUGUAGCAGCACAGACCUACAGAAGCUACAACAAGAGACGGAGCCGAGAGGAGCUGCAGCCUCUCCGGGCGUCACUCCCACUUCUGUUGGUUUACGUGCAGUAGAGGACGACCAUUGAUUGUGGUUGGAUCAGAGGCUUUUCCCCUGUAGUGUAAAUUGGAAUCAGUUGGAAAAAUAACUAAUUUUACCUGUGUUGGCAUCUUUUGAUUUUUGAUAACGAGGCUGAAAUCUUCAUGCACACUGUGUAACUUUGAUUAACAAUGGGCGAAUUGUUUGGACAUUUGCUUGAAACUUAGAAAUGUUUAUUAUUCAGCCAGUUUGAUUUUGAUUUUAUUUCUCUUUUUAUACAUACAAGACAAGCUUCCAAAUAGCUAGUCUAUGAAUCUGCUGUUAGCGGACUGUUAAUUGUGCUCUAUUCUCCCAAAAGCCACAAGCUCUGGAUGUUUUUGGAUUUUAUGUUUUGCCAUUUAGUUUGUGCUCUCAAGAAUAACGAAUCUUUAAUGUAUUCCUCAUUUUAUUUUUUUCAUUUUGCGGUUUUGUUACUAAUAUUGUGUGUUUUGGCAUUUGUUGCUUUCGACGGUGCAAGAUCUCAGUUCUUUAAAAAAGGUUCUCCGUCAUUUAAAAUCCAAGCCAAAUUAACACUUGUGGCAUUAUUUGUUUUCUGAUUUCAACCCUUUUAGUGUGUCAUGGUGUCGGUAAGUUAGUAAUCAACAAAGUGCAUUUAUUCAGCAGUUUUCUGUUCAUUAUGUUUAGAGGGCUUAAUCAAAAUCACUCAAUACCAGCUUUCCAGCCUUUUCUUUUUCCUAAAGAUAGGCCAUGGGAAUCUGACUUUGAUUUGGUAUAUUUCAAAUGGAAGGUGAAGAGCUGUAUGUACAUGCAGUUUUAGUAAUAACCUGCAUUGAGAUAAUGAUUGAAAGCAUCAAGGAGCAAUAAAGUUUCAGACUUUGUCUAAAAUGGCAUUAUUGAGUGCUUAUAUCUGAUAUAUUACAUAAUCUAUAAAGAAGUUGGCCAAAGUGA